AUUGCUCAUACGACCGUUGUUUGGAAUUUACCAAUAAUUUACCACCACAAAUUCUUUAUCAACAUGAACAGUUUAUGUUUAAUUCCUCUGAAACACCUCAAACUCAAGCUGUUAGCCAUAAUAAUCUUGACAUAGUUCCCCAUAUUAACCAGCCACAGCAUCAAUUAAGUUAUCUUAAUAACCAACAAAGUCAUCAACAAAGUCAUCCAGUCAACAUGCCACAUACUCAACCUGUUAUUAGCCAGCAACAGUUAAUUCAUUUGGCUAACAUGACACAUACUCAACCUGUUAUUAACCAGCAAUCAUGUCUUCCGAUUCAGUCUCAUAUUAUUAAUAGUCCUAUUGCUAAUCAGGUUCAAUAUCAACAACCAUCUUCUCAACCUCCACCGAGUCCUGUUCAAGCCAAUAUUCAUAUAAAUAAUCACCAACAGCUACCAUUUACUGACCAGCCAGUGCAAGAUAAAAAUUGUAUUUGUCAAGUUGUUCAAAAUUGUAGUUGUCUAGUUUGUAUUUUCUUAUAUAAGCACCAUCACCACGAACAGCAAGAACAAUGA